AUGGUUAGAGAGGAUGUUCAAGUACAAGAAAUAUAUAAAAGACUUACAGGUGAUAUACUAGAAAUAAAUUUAACCCAAGAAGAUGAGAAUAUUUUGCAUUCAAAGCAUAUAGGACGUUCUGUAAUAGUUUUAGCUUUUAUAUGUUUAUAUCAUGGGAUAUUGCAGCUAUCUGAAGAGUAUUUUCAGACCAAUCCACAUAUUAAAUAUAAGGAAUCUUUUGUUAUUCGCUCUGUACAAGAAGAUGAAUAUUGGAAAUGA